AUGGCGAACCUAAUCAUAGACGCCCCGGUGGGCCAGCUCAUCCGUCUCCUCACAGGGACGAAGUUUCUCCGCUACCCGGAAGAAGAGCCCGACUUCCAGCUCCCGCAACAAUGGUUUGACGUUAUGAAUUCUCCCGAUGAGAAGAACGACACCGCCGAACCCACCCCGGCCGUAACAUCACCGGCGCCGGCCAGCUCCUCCGCUUCCAGCCACAGCGACGAUGAGAACACAAUCUCCAAGGAGAAGACAGCUGACGCCGGACCGUACGGUGUCGGGGCCACUCGGACGCGGAGCAGAGAGGAGACGGCUCCGUACUCACAGGAACGCUUGGAAGUCGACGAGGCUCACGAGAUUGAAAGGACCAAGAGUAUACCUAUCGCACCGAAGAAGACCAAAGAUGGUGCUAUUUUGGUGGAUUGGUACUUCUCCGACGACCUGAGCAAUCCCCUGAAUUGGUCUAACAACAAGCGCCUCCUCAUCACUGCCAUUAUCUGCAUCUACACAUUUGUGGUGUAUACUUCAUCAGCAAUAUACACGAGCUCAAUCGAGGGUGUCGUCAACGAGUUCGGCGUCAAUCUCACUGAAGCUUCAUUGGGCCUCGCCCUCUUCGUUCUGGGCUACGGCAUCGGCCCACUGGUGUUCUCCCCCCUUUCCGAGAUCCCCAGAAUAGGCCGCAACCCGAUUUACAUUGUUACAAUGCUUCUUUUUGUUAUCGUCUCUAUCCCUGCGCCUUUGGUCGACAACUACGCCGGUCUGAUGGUCCUCCGUUUCCUGCAGGGUCUCUUCGGCUCUCCAUGCCUUGCUUCGGGAGCUGCAUCACUAGGUGACAUCUACUCCAUGAUGAACCUAUCCUACCCAUUUGCACUCAUCAUGUGGACUAGCUCUGCAUACUGCGGCUACGCUGUCACAGCCAAGGGUUGGCGCUGGUCCCUUUGGGAGAUCCUCUGGGCCGCCGCCCCAGUCUUCAUCGUGAUGUUUAUCUUCCUCCCCGAGACCUCCGCCCCCAACAUCCUCCUCCGCCGCGCCAAACGACUCCGCAAGCUCACCGGCAACUCGCGCUUCAUGUCUCAAUCUGAGAUCGACCAGCGGAACCUCAAGACCUCAGCCGUGGUUAUCGACGCCCUCAUCAAGCCCCUCGAGAUCACACUCAAGGACCCGGCCAUUCUCUUCGUUCAAAUCUACACGGCCAUCAUCUACGGCAUCUACUACAGCUUCUUCGAGGUAUUCCCCCUCGUCUACCCGAUCUACUACCACAUGUCCCUCGGCCAGAUCGGUCUCGUCUUCUUGUGUAUCCUGGUCGCCUGCCUGAUCGGCGUCGCCAUGUACAUGUCCUACCUCGCCUUCUACAUGAUCCCCCGCAUCCGCAAGUUCGGCUUCCCCGUGCAGGAGAGCCGCCUUGUUCCUGCUCUGCCUGCAGCCUUCGGCCCCACGAUCGGUCUCUUCAUCUUCGCGUGGACUGCAUCGCCUGCAAUCCACUGGAUUGCGCCGACGAUCGGAAUCACGGUCUAUGGCGCCACAGUGUUCGUGGUAAUGCAGUGCAUCUUCGUGUACGUACCGCUGAGCUACCCGCAGUACGCAGCCAGCCUGUUUGCCGGCAACGACUUCUUCCGGUCGGCGCUGGCGUUUGCGAGCAUCCUGUUCGCGAGACCGCUGUAUGGCAACUUAGGUGUCGCAAGGGGCACGAGUCUGCUCGGUGGACUGAGCACGAUUGGAAUCAUUGGAAUCUGGCUGCUUUACUUCUACGGAGCGAGGUUGAGGGCCAGAAGUACCUUUGCUAUCUCUGGAUGA